AUGACACAGUCAUUUAGCGGAAUGAAUGACCUGCCUGCUUCUGUUGUGAGCAGCGUGUCCGUGGGACGGGCCGCCUGCCUGCCCUGCGCCAGCCGAGCCCAGACCAUCUGUGAAUCACCCAGCAGGAGAGACCAGAGUGGACCCCUGAGGGACAGAGGGAAUGAGAGAGAGGGGGAGGCAGAGAGAGAGAGAGAGCGAGAGAGAGAGAGAAAGGGAGGGAGGGAGGGAUGGGUAGGCAGAGUGAGAGAGGGGGACUGAGAGAGACCUGGAGAGAGACCUGGAGAGAGACCUGGAGAGAGCGAGAGAGAGACCCAGAGACCCAGAGACAGAGACAGAAACUAGGGGUGUAGGGGUCAGAGAUUGAGGUGGGGUUAGUAAUUCAAUUAAAUUCAGUGGGAGUUUUUUAAAGACUUACAGUAGCUUACAUUUUGUGUGACUGUGUUUUAUCAGUUAUUCUGAAUGGAGCCUGUUGUUCCUCCAACAUGCUGCUAUGAUUCAUCGUCGCCAAGAGCCAAGAAUGGACUUUGUCACAGUAAUUAAUGUAGCUCUCUGGACGGCAGUUGAAAUUAGUCUUGUCUUGAAGGCCUAAUUAAAAGGAAAUUGUCAAACAUAUUUUGGGUCAAGUUUCCGAACCUGUAGCCAUUCAGGAAAGCUUUUCAGGCAUGACUGUGUCAUUAGAGAGCUCUUUCAGACUGACACAAUUUAGGUUACAAAGGCCUUUUUUUUUUGCUAUUGAGAUUAUAAUUUGUUUUAUUUAAUAAGGCCUUAUUCAUUUGACAGCUUGUUUAGUAGUCUUAUUAGUCAGCUACUUGACCCAUUUUUGCCCAAUGCACAAUCCUGAUGUCGCCGGAUCACAAUGUAUUAUUCCCCCAGCAGUCCUGAAUGUCCCUCAUCUCCAUGCUUGUUGACCGCUGUAUCAACAGCAGCUCUGUCCUCAUAAAGUGAGGCAAUGGCCUUUGUCACGGGCGCAGGACGGCUCUAAUGGGCCCCUCCUCAGACAGACAGACAGCAACACUCACAGAAUCAGGUUCUGAACAAUUAACCGUGAGCUAUGGGGCUUAGCUACCGACUCCAUUGUAAGCGAUCUAAACCCGUAAGACUGUGACAAACCAUUAACAGACUGCCAAGGCUUCUUUAAAUUGCCUCAACAGUUUACAUUGAGCUAGAGUGACUGAGUGUGUGGUGUGUGAGUUUGUGCGUGCGCUCGUGCAUGUGUACUGUGCACACAGGUGUGUAUGUGUUAUCGGAACACUUCGCCCACUCCAUCCUUACAUUAACACAGAGUUUUCAGUGCUGUUGAGUUGCUGAAUUAGUACUGCCUACAUUGUUAUUGAGUAAUUUUCAGAUAAUGGCCAAUUUCAGUGUUUUUAGGGAAAUCUAUCUAAUCAUUAAAAUAACAGAGGUGCUCGCUCACAUAUCCCUCUGUAAAUACUGUAGAUUGUUAGUGAACAUGGAUACACAAGUAUUAUCAUGCAAUGGUGUGUGAAAUUGAUGUGUUUUCAAUAUACUACUAGGAAUUUGUCUUUUGAAUAAUUUUGAUUGUUUUCAUUUGUACAUGAUGUUACCCUUAUCUUGGUUGUAUCUAUGCUUUAUCAACUGAUUUAUUUCAAUGAUAACGAGUAAGCACUUAUGAAUGUGUUAUAAAACUGCAAUAGAGGAAAUUGCCUACAACCUGAAUGAACAGUCUAUACAGCCCCUUCAACCGCUGUAUAGACUUUGGCAUUUAAACUGUAAUUACUACUACACAUGAUGCGCUUUUUAUGUGUGCAUUAUAACUCAUUUGAUUAAAUGAAGCUUGGUUCACAAUAUGAGUGGGCCCAGCUCUCUAUAUCACAACCAACUUGUAGUGCAGUACUGGCUAUAGUUCACAUUUCUAGAUUAAUGUUUGGUGGAUGUUCCACCUUAAAGGCAUAUCCUGGCGUGACCAUACGUUGGCGUUUGCUACCAUUAAACAUUAAAAGCCAACCACAGGAUUGGGAGCACGAGAUCACAGGAAUACUCAGAAUCUGCCAACCAUCGAAACCCCAUGCGUUUCAUUUCCUAUUGCAUAAGACCCGUCUAUGCAAAUUCAUCGCUGCGGUGUUCCACCAAUCUUCAUUAAGCUGUCACCCAUGGUUGAUAUUAAAUGUUUAACACAAUGGUGGAUGUUUGGUGAACAAGCAACAGGAUUCAAUUAGGAUAGUAGAAUCUUUGGGCAAAGAAAUGAACGUCUUGUCUUGUUACUAUUAUGUGAGGCCUCAGCUUUACAUGGUAGUAGUGUCACUUAGGCUGUGUUUACACAGGCAGCCCAAAUCUGAUCUUUUGCCCAUAAUUGGGCAAAAGACCAGAGUUGGACUGCCUGUGUAAACGCAGCCAUAUUGUGAUAUGUAAUGGUGGAUUCGAAGACACCUUGUCUGUGAAAUUGUUGUUCAGUGGAUCGUGUUGCACCUGUUUCUGUCCCUCUCUGUGAUUAGUCUGUGACUAGGCUGAGCAGGGAACAUAACUCAUCUCGUAGCCAAGGUUGUAAAUAUUACCCCUUAAUUCAUGACAGUUCAGUCUGAUCAUGUCUGGUUCUAGACACACACAAGGAUGGGAGCGGGAACACACACACACACACACACAGAUGGAUUUUCAUAUGAGAAUUGAAGCUGCCUGGGGCUUUAGUAUCAACUUAAAAACACCCAAAACAUCUGUAAAACAUUACCCCUGAUUAUUUGCUCCUCCUGCGCAACCUACAAUAUGCGCAUAAGUGAUGUUUGUACAUGAACCUUAUGGAAAUGAAAGAGCUGAUAAGGUCUCCUCUCUAAUGAAGUUGUGAGGCCACCGACGCACAGACACACACACAGACAUGUACACACACACACACACACACACGCACGCGCACAGACAUGCACGCAUGGGAGCAGGAACACACGCACACACACACACUCACACACACACACACACACACACAGACACACACAGCUCGCAGGCUCAGUUGUGUGUUCACAUCUGCAGUUCCCAGCUGCUCUACUGUGUUCAGAGCUUCCAGGUGCAUUGUUCUGGGCCUGGUCUGUUCUGGUCUGUGGGUGGUGCCUCCCUCUCCAUGGACUGACUGACUGAUACAGACAGCAUAGCGUGAAGGAAGCAGAGCAGACGUUAAGCAACACACCUUGUUACUGUAAGUAAUGACCAGGUCUUCAGCCAUCUCUCCCCAUAGCUGUGUCUGACUUCCUUUUGCUGGGGAAGCAGAGGAGAAUGUAAUGAAAUGUACUUUAGCUGGACUUUAGUUGUUGCUGGAUCGUUUUUACUCUAGAAUUGAGCUGAAUUGUUGCAGGGAAUUUUUUCAAUGAUUCGGCACUUUGUUAUUUUUGGACAUUCCACAAUGUGUUGUUCUGGCACCAUGAAAACAUUUCUUGAACUAGUGUUGUUAUAGGAAAAGAGCUUGAUGGUUCACUUCCACGUCGGCACACCACCAUCACUGCACCCCUGACACGUUAUUGAACCUUUGGUUACCUCUGUGAAAUAUCAAGCUCUUAAAUGGAACCAGUGCCAAAUCGUAUAACAUGUGCACAACCAAAACAAAGUCCUAGGCUUACUACCAAGGCACACAAUAUUGACAUAUGGAAUUAUGGAAAUGUCUCAACCACUAUGCAGUCUCCAGCAGAUCUAGAUUAAUGCAGACCUGGGUUCAAAUACUAUUUGAAGUUUUUCAAAAUACUUUGAGCGUUUGCUAUAGCCCGCCUGUGGUGCCAGAUGGCCAGGGUUUGCCGUUUUGUGACUAUUCUAUUGGUCCAGUACUGUCAGCUCAUCAAGCACGGAUAACGUAAUUUGAAAUUAUUUCAAAUAGUAUUUGAACCCAGGUCUGGUAUGUGUUGUUGUAAUGUUGCCACAUCGCUCGUUUCAACUCAGCGAUCGUUUGUGUGAAAGGAAAUGUAGAGCUUUGGUUUGUAGGAGAAGUUCUGCUCCAUUUACCAGCUCUCUUUGAUGACUUCAGCAGCACUAAUUAUACAGGCGCCCGCCCGCCGCCGUCACUACAGACCCAAUCUCUAAGUGCAUCACCCCCCAACCUUUUACUCUGAUAUCUCAAUGCAUCACUACGGAGUCGCUUACCAGCCUCCACAAUGUCUCACUAGAAUACUGCUGUACCUAACCUAUGCUUUAUGAUGGUGUUUUAUGGAAAUGGCUCAUGGGAAUGUAUAUAAAGUGAAGUUCACAGCUCACAGUAAUAUGUAACAUAAGUUUGGGUCUCCGUAGAUUGCUUUGUUGUCUGAUGUGACAUCUCGGUAAGGCAAAUAAAGCCUUCAAGCAUGAAGCCAAUGUUUUUCUGUAAAGGAAUGUGUACUACUUGUCUGUAGUAACAGAUUAUAUUGGAGCCUCAAUGCAUCGGAAAAUAUAACUGUUUAACUUUUACACUAGUGUACAUUGGACUGGCUAAUAUUAUAAGAUUAACAGUUAUAUGUUUAAUCUUCAUAGUCAUAAAUGUGCAUUUCUUUACAUAUUAGAUUUUAGUCAUUUAGCAGAUGCUCUUAUCCUGAGCACUUACAGAUAGUGCAUUCAUCUUCAGGUAGCUAGGUAAGACAACCACAUAUCACAGUCAUAGUAAGUCAACUUUUCUUCAACAAAGCAGCUAUUAGCAAAGUCAGUGCUAGUUAAAAAAGACGUGCAAAUGUUAGUGCAAGAAAGGUUAGGGUGUUUGUUUAUUAUAGACUUUUUGCCAUAGUUCUACCCAGCCACAGUCUCUCUCUGCUGGGCUUGAUAAUUUGCAUGCAGACGAUGAGACACAAGGGGAGUUUUAGUUAGUCGAGGGCUGGAAUAAGGUUCUGCUCCAUUUACCUUUCUGAAACAUUCCCCUCAGAAUGGGACUCUCUCUCUCUCUCUCUCUCUCUCUCUCUCUCUCUCUCUCUCUCUCUCUCUCUCUCUCUCUCUCUCUCCUCAUUCAACUGUGACGUUUUGUCAUUCCACUUCAUUCCAAAAUGGCUUGACGGAGCUUUACCACCUCAAUGCUGUCCGCCCACCCCAUCCUGGUCAUUUCACAGCUACAUUUCUCCACCUUAUUCACUGUUGUCUUCAGCCAUGUCUCAAGUAGCGAGGGAACUUCUCUACUCCCACUGUGUCUUCAUAGAAGACCUCAACCGACCCAUUUGAUUACCGUCUCUAAAUGGCCGUCACUAUCUGGCCAAGUUGCAGUCGAAAGCAAAGCCUACUUCUACAUUUUAUCUUCUUAAAAUCUGAUUUGAAACCUAACUUUAACCACACUGCUAGAUUUAUGCUUAACCCUAACUUUAAAUGAAGACGUUAAAGCAAUUGUUUGUUUACAUAAAUUUGUACAAUCUAGCCAAUUUUGACUUCGCAGUUUGGCAAUCUAGUGAGAACCUCUCUAAACGCCUGCUCUUUGUCUCUCUUCCCACCUGGCCAUCUCACACCACCUCAGCCAUGCCAGCCCCAGCCAUGUCCCUAGCAACCCCACACGCCCCCUAUGACACUCUGAACCGAGUGCCCCUCAGGUUGGUUCAUGGCUAUUGGAUUAUAGGCCUCCAGCCUAUGUGUGUUAAAUUAGGAUUAAGGUUAGGAUUAGGGCAAGGAAAUCUGAUCCUGGAACUGUGCUGAAUGGCACUUCACCCCUCGGCACAUGGUGGUGUCAGAAUAACCUGACCCUCAUAUACUACGGUCUCUCUGACUGCAGUGCUACAGUACCUCACACCCACCCACAGCUGCAGGCCACCUGACGUGACUCACAUAAACUCACACAUUCUGGAUCACAGACUCUCGAACGCACGCAUGACACAAGCACACAUGACCCACACACACACACACUCCCGCUCACACUCUGACAGCUUAGCCCCGGGUCUCCUUUCUCAGUACAAGAUCAUUCAUAACAGCUCAGGUUAUUCUGAGAACAACCUAAUCAGAGAACGAAAGAGAGAGUAAUAAUAAGUUCUGUUAUAUUUAAUCUAACUGCAAUAGUUACUCUACCUCUCAUAGGUAUCGUUUCUUACUCGUUGGUGCUGCUCGACCUCCGCCUACUUCUUCUUGGCCUCCUUGGAUGGCAGUAAAUGAGUCACAGGAAGGGGAGUGAUGCAGAACAACAACGUUGGGCACCCGCGGCAGUCAGGUUCUCGAGCUCCCAGUAGAACCUCUGUCAACGGCUGCAGUGUUUUUCCACAAAUUACAAGGCCCUGUGCUGCUCCCCUCAUUUCCACCCCCUCUCCCACCACCCUUCCUUGGCUUGGUACCGGCGCUCCCUCGAAUUCCUAGCAUCUGGUCAGUUCUAGGAAACGCCUACGACCGUCCAGUGGAAGGAAAUGGGAGACUCUUGAUUGUACUGAGCCCUGUGAAUAAUGUGUCACUCAUAGAGAAGUUGUUGCUGAGUAGCGGGGGAGUCUCGGUCUUGGUUGUCAAUAGAGACCUUCUAGGGAUUCUGGGGGAGCGUAGUAGUUUCUGUUUUGCUUUGACUCCCCGCUCUUUGUAGCUUUCUAUCUCAUUCCUGUCUCUUCUCAGUGAGGAUUCAGGGAUAUUUGUAGGAUAUUUCUCCACAGUCAGAUAAACAGGUGAAUAAACAGAAAAGGGCAGGUAUUCAAGUAUUUACGGAACACUCAGAAGUCUCUGGAAAUCAAAGAAAAUACACAGCAAUUUACCAUGUAAUUUUACAUUUGCCUGUGAAUAUAGCUAUAAUUUGGUCCUUUUUCCAAUAACAAUAAACAUGUUGGCAAUGGCAUUAAAGUCAGAUCUAUUCUCGAGAAGUAAUGUCUCCUCUCACAAUGAAGUUGAUGACUAAGGAGAGCAUUGCUAUUAAGAGUCAUCUGGGUUGUUUCGAGGAUACUGUGAUCACUUUGCACCAUGGGAGAACCAUCUACAGUGCAUUCGGAAAGUAUUGAGACCCCUUGACUUUUUCCACAUUUUGUUAUGUUACAGCCUUAUUCUAAAAUUGAUUAAGUUGUUUUUUUCCUUAUCAAUCUACACACAAUACCCCAUAAUGACAAAUAAAAAACAGUUUUUUAGACAUUUUAGCAAAUGUAUUACAAAUAAAAAAUAAAUAUCACAUUUACAUAAGUACUCAGACCCUUUACUCAGUACUUUGUUGAAGCACCUUUGACAGCGAUUACAGCCUCGAGUCUUCUUAGGUAUGACGCUACAAGCUUGGCACACCUGUAUUUGGGGAGUUUCUCCCAUUCUUCUCUGCAGAUCUUCUCAAGCUCUGUCAGGUUGGAUGGGGAGUGUCGCUGCACAGCUAUUUUCAGGUCUCUCCGGAGAUGUUUGAUCGGGGUCAAGUACGGGCUCUGGCUGGGCCACUCAAGGACAUUCAGAGACUUGUCCCAAAGCCACUCCUGCGUUGUCUUGGCUUUGUGCUUAGGGUCGUUGUCCUGUUGGAAGGUGAACCUUCGCCCCAGUCUGAGGUCCUGUGCGCUCUGGAGCAGGUUUUCAUCAAGGAUCUCUCUGUACUUUGCUCCAUUCAUCUUUCCCUCGAUCCUGACUAGUCUCCCAGCCGCUGAAGAACAUCCCCACAGCAUGAUGCUGCCACAACCAUGCUUCACCGUAGGGAUAGUGCCAGGUUUCCUCCAGACGUGACGCUUGGCAUUCAGGCCAAAGAGUUCAAUCUUGGUUUCAUCAGACCAGAGAAUUUAGGUGCCUUUUGGUAAACUCCAAGCGGGCUGUCAUGUGCCUUUUACUGAGGAGUGGCUUCCGUCUGGCCACUCUACCAUAAAGGCCCGAUUGGUGGAGUGCUGCAGAGAUGGUUGUCCUUCUGGAAGGUUCUCCCAUCUCCACAGAGGAACUCUUGAGCUCUGUCAGAGUGACCAUCGGGUUCUUGGUCACAUCCCUGACCAAGGCCCUUUUCCCCCGAAUGCUCAGUUUGGCCGGGCGGCCAGAUCUAGGAAGAGUCUUGGUGGUUCCAAACUUUUUCCAUUUAAGAAUGAUGGAGGCCACUGUGUUCUUGGGGACCUUCAAUGCUGCAGAAAUGUUUUGGUACCCUUCCCCAAAUAUGUGCCUCGACACAAUCCUGUCUCGGAGCUCUACAGACAAUUCCUUCGACCUCAUGGCUUGGUUUUUGAUCUGACAUGCACUGCCAACUGUGGGACCUUAUAUAGACAGGUGUGUGCCUUUCCAAAUCAUGUCCAAUCAAUUGAAUUUACCACAGGUGGACUCCAAUCAAGUUGUAGAAACAUCUCAAGGAUGAUAAAUGGAAACAGGAUGCACCUGAGCUUAAUUUUGAGUCUCAUAGCAAAGGGUCUGAAUACCUAUGUAAAGAAGGUAUUUCUGUUUUUUAUUUUUUAUACAUUUGCACAAAUUUCUAAAAACCUGUUUUCACUUUAUCAUUAUGGGGUAUUGUUUGUAGAUAAAUGAGGAAAACAAAUAAUUUAAUCCAUUUUAGAAUAAGGCUGUAACGUAACAAAAUGUGGAAAAAGGGAAGGGGUCUGAAUACUUUCCGAAUGCACUGUAUCCUCUCUGUUCACUUCAUAUCCCACAGAUGGCUCACGGCACAGUGCAUGGCAACUUCAGUCUGUCUGUGUGGUCCACUUCCAGCAUCUUCCAGCCUCACAGUAUGGCUGUUUUUCAAAUGCUCCUGGUCAGACCCAAACCCAGACUGCGUUGUGUUAUGGCCGUGUCUCUCUCUGCUCACACCUCACAUUUCAGAGUUCAGACUGUGGUGUUUCCAUAUGACCAUCCUUCCCUUCGCCCCCUCUCUCCAGCGCUGUCAUCCUGGAAGCUGCAGAGAUGGAUCAGGGCGUGUGUGCGCGCCAAUUUUUUUGUGUGUUAGUUUGUGUGUGUUCGAGUGUGUGUGCAUUCUCACAUUGAUGUGUGUGUGUGUGCGUGCAUUCCAAUGUGUGCAUGUACGCGCCUGUGUGUGUGAAUCAGGGUGGGGAACCUUUGCAUCACAGGGAGAAAAAACACCAUCCUUCCAUCCCUCUCUCCGUUGAUUUCUCCAUGAUGAAACAGCUGGCUUCAUAUCAGCCCUGUCCUCAGACUCACCCCAGAGACCCUAUCAGUGUUGAGGCAGAACUGGUACGUCCACAUUCACCCACACUCUUCCUUUGCUAUGAUGGAAUGAAAUACAGAGUAGAGUAUUUGGAUGAAAGUUGGACCUUAUUUGCAUACCCACCCACGUAAGCAGACUUGAACCAUUGAAGGCUCCCUUAUAAAACUUGGACAUUAGUCCAGGGUUUCGGCCUAGUUCCAAGUAAGUCUUGAGUCUCAAUUGAAGGGCUGCAAGUCCCAAACCCAGCCCCUUAUGGCACUAACAAUUAGUUAACUGUUAACGUGUCAAUCUUGAGUAGUUAUUGGUGAAGGUAUGCACCACGGCAGUAGACGUGACCACACAAAAUGUCAGACUGCUCUCUCUCUCUUUCUCCCCACCCCCCUCUCUCUCUUGCUUUCUCUCCCUCUCCAUCCCUCCGUUUGGUGAGUAACCCUGGAGCUAUUAAUCUGCAAAUCCACAAUCGAUGUCUGCCUAAUCUCUUUUCCACAGAUAAUUAUGUUUUCUUCCACACGUCAUAGCCCUUCUCUCUCUCGCUACUUUGUUUCUGUCCGUGGGAUGCUAUUAUUGAUUCAGUCUGCCCACUAGCCUGCAUGCAUGUUGCCCACAUGCAUCACCAUGUAUUCUACGGUAAACCAAAAUACAUGGUUGAAUGAGGGGGGAAAAUGGCUAUUAGAAAUCUAUGUGCAAAAUGUUGCAUAAUUGAGCUGGGACCUAUUUUUUAAGUGAUGCACUGAAAAUCGUUAAUUUGGUCUGAAAACGUCAAUUAUUGUUUAAUAAGGGGAAAUCACCCUCGUGGGUUCGGUCUGUCUUUGUGAAUUUUCCCUCAGAAACUGUUGCAUUGCUUGACAUACAGUAUCUAUAUCUGUUUGCGUCAUUUUAAAUGCUUUGCAUACCACAUUUUAUUUAUUUGUUAUUCUUAUAGUUCAUUUCUCACCUUGAAGUCAAGGAUAAUUUUUUGAACUUGUGGACUUGCACUCACUGACCUCCACAGGUUAAGCCACAGACUGUGUGUGCAGCUGAAGUUUCUCGCAGGCCAAAGAGAAGGUAGAGACUUCCUUACCAUCCUGCUGCUGUCCAUUGGACUUCACUGUCAUGGUAUAGUCCUCUGUAGUGGAUAGAGCCUGGCCCUUGUAACACCAAGAUAGUGGGUUUGAUUCCCUGGACCACCCGUACAUAGAAUGUAUGCACACAUGCCUGUAAGUCGCUUUGGAUAAAACCGUCUGCUAAAUGGCAUAUAUUAUAUAUUAUAAACUGGGUGGUUCGAGCCCUGAAUGCUGAUUGGCAGACAGCCGUGGAAUAUCAGACCAUAUACCAUGGGUAUGACAAAACAUUUCCAACAUAAUUAGAGCAGUAAAAAUAAAUGUUUUAAUUAUAUUAUAGCAUCAAAUGGUGUCAGUUUGUAGCUGAUUUUCCCUCAAGCACUCUUUACCCCAACACCAUGUGAUCUCUCUCUUCUCUGAACGGCCACAUACUCUCCACAUCUGAUGUGGGUGGAAAGUGUUCUCUUCGUUGUCUUUUCAUAGUGAGAAGAGCUUAAUUGGUCAGGUAGAAUGUUUUAUGUUGGGAAACAUUGCUUCCUAUGUCGAGGCAUAGCACCUAGAGUGAUCAUUUAGAAGGAUUGUAAAUUACAUUUGUGUUUGAAUAUGUUUUUCAGUAUUGGUCUGUCAAAGUUACACAGAAAAAAAGUGUCUGCUUGUAUUUAACAAGCACAAUACAUUUGCACAAAUAUGAUUUGUUAGGAUGUAUCAUUAUAACAAUAUGGAGGGUAUACUGUAUUCCACUGUAUUUUAGUCAAUGCCUGUAUUCCGACAUUGCUCAUCCUAAUAUUUCUAUAUGUCUUAUUUCCAUUAUUUUGCGUUUAGAUGUGUAUAUUGUUGUGAAUUGUUAGAUACUACAUUUACAUUUACAUUUACGUCAUUUAGCAGACGCUCUUAUCCAGAGCGACUUACAAAUUGGUGCAUUCACUUAUAGCCAGUGGGAUAACCACUUUACAAGGUUUUUUUUUGGGGGGGGGGGGGGGGGGGGGGUAGAAGGAUUACUUUAUCCUAUCCCAGGUAUUCCUUAAAGAGGUGGGGUUUCAAAUGUCUCCAGAAGGUGGUGAGUGACUCCGCUGUCCUGGCGUCGUGAGGGAGCUUGUUCCACCAUUGGGGUGCCAGAGCAGCGAACAGUUUUGACUGGGCUGAGCGGGAACUGUGCUUCGGCAGAGGUAGGGGAGCCAGCAGGCCAGAGGUGGAUGAACGCAAUGCCCUCGAUUGGGUGUAGGGACUGAUCAGAGCCUGAAGGUACGGAGGUACCGUUCCCCUCACAGCUCCGUAGGCAAGCACCAUGGUCUUGUAGCAGAUGCGAGCUUCAACUGGAAGCCAGUGGAGUGUGCGGAGGAGCAGGGUGACGUGAGAGAACCUGGGAAGGUUGAACACCAGACGGGCUGCGGCAUUCUGGAUGAGUUGUCUGUUGGGCAUACUACUGCACUGUUGGAGCUAGGAACAGAAGCAUUUCGCUACACCCGCAAUAACAUCUGCUAAAUAUGUGUAUGUGACCAAUAAAAUGUGUUCUGAUUUGAUUUGAUUUAAAUUAGACAGGAUGUUGAUAUACUGUCGCUAAUGACAGUGUCAUUUACUUCCAAAAGAAAAGUGAAUGCCUAAAACAUACCUUUUCAGACUUUACCAAUGAACACAUAAGCAAAACCUAUCGAUGUCUUAUAGUUUAAUAAAAGUAGUAAUAUUCAAGGUUACUGAUUUGUUCAGAAGUAAAAUCAGACCACAUUGAUGAAGGAGAGUUUGAACCAGGCGUUAGGUCCUUUGGCAGCCAGUAGGGGGAAUCGACUCCACACACUACUGCCUGCCUGUCUGCUGUCCCCCUCUACCCGCUCCUUUCUCUGGCUGUGGAAAUACUGCAGCCCCUGGUCUAUGUCUGGAUCGCUUUCUUGCACGGAGCCGACUCAAGUCCCUCCUACCGGCUGUGGAAGGAGGAGGCAGUCAGCUCACAGUGCAGGACGAGCCCCCUUUACCGCCCUGUUACAGUGUGGAGGAGAGAGAGAGAGAGAGAGAGAGAGAGAGAGAGAGGAGAGAGAGAGAGAGAGAGAGAGAGAGAGAGAGAGAGAGAGAGGGAGAGAGGGAGAGAGGCAGGCUGUUGGGAGGAGUGACAGAGUGAAGCAGGCAAGAAGAAACAAGGAACACAUUUUAGAAGAGCAGGAAAAGGGAGGAUCGCAGACGGGAGACUCUCUGGAUUGUCUGUCUGUUGGGCACCUGGGACACUGUCAUUGUGCUUCUCAUUAUUCAAUUUUUUGUCUCUUCUUCUCUGAACCGGUGGACCGGUAGAGAUUCCUUUUUUUCUCAGUGCCGUAUCAAUUAGGAGCUGGGAUUGUUUCUGUGUAAUCUGCACUUCUCUGGCUGAACUGUUAAACACUGAGAUUGCUUCAUUAGGUUUGUUCCUGCCUGUCUAGGCUCUCGCGUUCCGAUACUGACUCUUCCCAAAGUGUAUCUGUUAGCGCGCCGCUGAGGAUAUAGCCUGUGUCCGACAGUACAACACAGAGCAGCUGGGAUAUCAGACUACAGAGGAGAGAGAGAGAGAGAGAGAGAGAGAGAGAGAGAGAGAGAGAGAGAGAGAGAGAGAGAGGAGAGAGAGAGAGAGAGAGAGAGAGAGAGAGAGAGAGAGAGAGAGCAGCCGAGUGAGCGACAGAGAGAGGGAGGCAGAUACAGAGCGUAAGAGAGAGAUUGAAGCCGAGGAGCGAGGUAAGCUAUAGCAAGACAGCUUAAAUAUAAAAGUGAUCUAGCUAUCCUCCCCCUUUUCCUUGUCUUUCUAUUUCUCCUCUCCCACACUGUCCCGUGCCACCAAUUUGUUUGCAGGACUGCCUAAAGCCACUGCCACCUGCUCCUCCUCAUCUUCCUCCGCUACGGCUCUUCUCACGCGUUACUAUCCGACACCAGCCAGUGAGGGACAGACAGGACAGGCAGCAGCUUCCAUUUUUAACACUCCAGGAGAUUUAACUAAAAGGCGUCGCCAGGCAGGACCUGCCCCCACAGAGGCAACCCCUCUCCCAGCCACUCUCCGUCAGACGAACCCUGCCUGCUCUCCGGAGGACCAGCAGUGAUACAACACACCAGUGUGGACGGGAAAAAAUAAGGGACCUACAGUCAGAGAGCCAAGCCCCAGUACUACUAACACUCGUCCGCUGCCUCCGUGUAACCAUUCCCUGCCACGGCGCUAAGGAUUCUAGCUACAUGGGCAAGCGAUUGGAACAGCAACCAAUGUACCCUCAGUACACAUACUACUACCCCCACUACCUCCAGACCAAGGUAGGGUACCCACAGCUCAUCACUUCAGUACCUUUAACCUCCCUCCCACAGCCCUACCCCAACCCUCUCCCCUCCUCCAUCCUCCUCCUCCCCCCUCCUUCGCUCCUCCUGUCAAGCCGCUGA